UCAAGACAAAACACGACAAGAAACAAUUUUUUGUAUCCGAAAAAUUGAGAAUGAAGGACUUUUCCUCUAUCGAUUUCAAAGACAAUGUUCGAUUUGUUGUUAGACGUUAUCUGAAGACUAUUGGAAUCAAAGUACCAAAGCUGAAAGGACAGAAAAUUCAAGUAAGGGACGCGGUUUCACUGAUUCGUUGUAGAGAUAGUUAGCUUUAUGAACAAACGUUUAUCUUAAAUUUUAUGAUCUAAUUUGAUGUAUUGCUAGUUUUUCUACUUUAUAUUAACUGUUUAGUGUAUAAGCGAUUGCAGUCAUACAAAUUACGGCCAGUUUGCUUUAAAGAGCAUGAGGUUACAAUGCAUGCAAUGAACAGUGAAACUGACUUCAUCAUCCCACCUGAACCAACUGCUUUCCGCUGGCGUUAUUUCUGCCAUUAGCCAAAUUCAUCCCUGUUAUAACACCAUUUUUGACAAAUGCUCCUUUCAAUACAAACAGACUCACCUAUGGUUAGAAUCUAAUAUUGAAGAAAAAUAUGCCAUUCAUAAAGUCCAGACAUCCACAUUCACAAGUCGGACGUUUGUUGAAAUCGACAUUAAUUAACCUCCACUUGAGCUUGACUAACCACUUGCCCGUGUUGCUUCUUCAAUCGGAUGUGCAAAGCAAUCAAUGUACGCUGUAUGAUCAUGUCUUACACAAGGACGCAGAACAGUGGGUCAGUACAGUUACUUUUGUACGUAAAAAGGUCAUCGCCAUCGUGGUAACAAUUAUCUCUUCCAUGAUCAGGUUAAAUCAGAAGUAAAACUAUUUAGGUUAGCUUUCUGCUACGCCUAGGGUUUUACCCUGGUAUUUACAAGGUUGAGUAAUGAUUUAAUAAUGAUGCAACAGGAUGGGUGAGGAAAGAAGACGGCAAACCUUGUGUGACAAUCAGGACAAUAAUUUUGUUUGAUAAACUUUUUCGCCGAACUUCACCCUACUUUAAACAGGUCUUUAAAAAAAACAGAAAACAUUAACUUAAGUAAAGAUCACGAAAAAACACCUCAGUAAUGCGUUCUGCUGUCCUCUUCUUUCUGCCGUCCUGUUGCAUAAAUUCACUAUUGUUGAAAGGGAGGAGAGGAACUAUACACUGGCUUCUACUGUGUAACUUACAGUUGAUUACAGUUAAUUUAACACACUGUAACUGUUCCUUUUAGCCCUCUGUGGACAAUAAUAAAACUGGAGUAUUUGGUGUUUGCCUUGAAAAAGUGGAAUCGGUCAAUGUGGGAGAGGAUUUCUAUUGUAGUGUUCCCAAGUAAGUGUGCAACAUUAACAUUUUAAUAAUAGAAAAUGGACCUUUUAAACAAUGGGGUUCAUAGAAUAUUUUUCCCAAAUUUAUCUUAGAUUCUUGGUAGAUUCUGCAAGCUCUCUGCAACAACAUUUGGCAACAGAGGGCCUAUUUAGAAAAUCUGGAUCUAUUCAACGCCAAAAAAUACUUAAGGUAAGAAUCUCAAAAUAGACAUCUUUUUUCCCCAGCCAGGUUUUUAUUAUUUUUAUUUUGUUGGAUUUGACAAUAAAUUUGAUCACUUGGCAUUUAAUACUCACCUGACAAUCUAUUUCCGACAGCAAAAAGUAGAAGAUGGUGAAACACUCCAAAAUGCUCAGCCUCAUGAUGUCGCAAGCUUGAUAAAGCAGUUUUUCAGACAAUUACCAGAACCACUCCUUACCAAUCUGCUCCAUAACUGCUUCAUUAAAAGCCAACAUUUGGAAGACGAAGGCGAUCGGAUUGAGGCUGUUUUACAUCUUUGUCUGCUCCUUCCUGUACAUCAUCUCACCACUCUACAGUUUACAAUGAAAUUUCUAGCAAAAGUAGCGUCCUGUUCACAGCAGAGUAAAAUGGGAACAACAAACCUCGCGAUUGUUCUUACUCCCAACCUGAUACACAACACUAAGAAAGAAGGAAACAACGCUUCUGAAAAACAGCUCAAAGAGCAGACGUCAGUCAUUGACAUUCUCUUGAAGAAUGCCGAUAAAAUUGGUUUAGUGAGUGAGGAUAUCUAUGAACGUGCUAAAACAAUUGGAGAUGAUUUAGUUGAUGGCUUGACAUCAUCCAGUGAUGAACUUGACAGUGAUAAUAAUUUUAGAAGAGGAGGUAGAAGACAGUCAAGGCCUAGGACAAGGACUGGCUCACUUUCUGGUAUGCUUUUUGUGUAUAAAAAAUUAAUAAUUAAAUCAGACAGAAUAGAGUCAAAUUGUUGGCCAGAAUCAUCUAGGGUCCUGGGCCCUUGAGGUAAACUGUAAUGGCGUAACGUUAAGACCUUGGCCUUGUCUUAUUCGUCCUUCCUGAACAAUUCAAAGGGGAUCAAAAUGAAUGAACAUUCCUUUUUGAAAAGAGUAGGAUGUAGGAGGUGGACCAGGGGGGGAGGGGGGGUGGGGUAGAUCAGACCUCCAUGAUGUGAUCUAUCUCUGAUGGGGGGAGGGCACUAGUAACAGGCCUGGGCCUAGUUGUUCAGAGGCCAAUAUUAAUAAUAACCCGGGUUAAACUUUAAUCCAGGUUUCUUUUACUUUGUUUGAAAGCAUUUUUCGCGAUGAUUUUCUCUAUUCUUUUUAGAGAAUCCAAUCCUCAAAUUGUUGGCAAAAUGAAUAACACUGGAUUUUCUUUUAAAGCCUCGAAAUAUGAAUUGAAAGUUUGCACUAACCCCACGUUACAUGUAUCUUAACCCAUCUUUUAACAACCCAGCCCUGUGUAGUGUUAUAGUGGAACCUCGAUUUUAUGAAGUCCUUGGUAUAACGAAUGAUUCUCUUCACCCAGCAAUAGUAAAAUAUAUCGAAAAGCACCUUAAUAUAAUGAAACCUCGUUUGCCAGUCCCUUGGUUCCAUUGUAUUGGCAUCAUGCUGUUGUGGUUGCCCUAACCAACAGUUGGCAAAACUAAUAUUACAUAAUCAUACAAUGCAGGUGUUUACUUUUGUUUGCCGCAGGGUUUGUAUCCGGUUUAGGCCAAAGUCUUAGCAAGUUCAAAACCUCAUCCACCAAGACACCAGUUCAUCACAGACGUUCCAGGAGCGUGAAAGCAGAUCUCAUGCGAAAUAAAGAGAAAUACAUCCUUGAUGAUAACUGUGAAGUUAAAAAAGGUAAGAUGCAACGAUCUGUCCUUUCGUGGAGACGCUAAGAGAUAUGCUAGUCCUAUAAAGAAUACAGAUGCCACGUAAAGCACAUGAUCAACUUUGUCAUGGACAGUUGACUUGUUCCUUUCAACACUACACCGCAGUUCAUACAAAUAUCUCUGUCUGUAACAAGGACACCCAUGGGUGAAUGUAAUGCAUAGAAAACACUUGGCACUGUUUAUCUGGUGUUGGUAUUAACCAAUCAAUAGUAGAACACCCCUGAAAUGCAUACACGUACAGUUGGAGCUGCCUCUUUGGUGACUAUAAUAAUUAUUUAGAAUUGUUUCGAUUGUUGAUUAACGUGUUUUCAGGUAAUUAAUUUUGGAAGGCUAAGACAUGAAUGAAUUUCCCCUUGAAGUUUACAAUCAUGUAGUUUGUAUCUAUCAUUAUUAACACAUAAAUGUAUAUUAUUUUUUUGUUAUACAAUUCAGAUGACCUUGAGUUGGAGCAUUUUGUGGCUCGUAACAGUCAACGCAUGAGCCUGAGGUUGCAAAGCAAGCGCAGACCAGCGGAAAACAUGUUACCCCUUUCACCUGCUGUGAAAAGGUCACUACUUUUUGCAAGAUUAGUAUAGAUGGUUUUCACAGUGAUGUCAUCAAAUUGUUAAGUCAAAAUAGCGAGGUUUUAUGAAUUCUUAUUUACACUAGGUUGAAGAUAAACAAAAAGUAAAUUUCCAUAGCAUGAUUCAUUUUAAAAAAAACAGCAAUUUGAACUUCUGAGUUUUCAAAGUGCGUCUCACCAAAAUAGGGAUACUGUUUCGUCUCUCCUCUUGAUUUUCAUCAGUCUAACCAUUUCAAGCAUUAGAAGAUAUGUUUAUGCACACGUAUGCUAGUUCUUGAGUGAAAAGAAAGAGCUGUCUUAGAAACGGUGAACUCCAGAUGUUUUUGUUUAUUUUUGGCGGCCAUAUUGGUACACUAAAACGGUACACCAAUAUGGCAUCUACAUACAAUGCUCUACAAAGGUGCGUCAUUUCAGCAAACAACUCAGAAAUUGUGGGCCACAAAGACCUGAGACUUGGACAAAUUGUUUAUAUAUUAGUCUUUUAUAACAUUUCAUUUUCUUGGCUUCAUCCACUGGAUGGUUUCCAAUUUAUUUUUUUGUUACGUGACAGUGUAAACAAUCUUUUAUAACUUUAAUAUUAACAAGUUAUAUAUUAGAGAAAUUUGAGGUUUAACUGUAUCAAGUGCUAGUGUUGCAUUUUUAGAAUGAUUACCCUGUUCAUAGUAAUUUGUCUGGAUAGCCUUCCACACAGACGUUCUCAUGACUUCCUUGCCAUGGGGGGAGGAUGCGUAGCAAACUCAUACAAACGUUUAUGUGGGAGGCAGACUGACUUGGUACAUUAAACAUGUUUUCAGAGUUCGUGACAUGAAUAAAAAUUUCCUAUCAUAAACUUUUUCCAUGAUUAUACAAUAAUGUACUCCUCAAUAUUUUAUCUUCAGGAGAGCAAUGUUAAGUGAUAUGACCAACGCUCAAGGUAUCAGCCAUCCUCGUCUUGUGUCAGCAUCAACACAAAUGUUCACCACGCCCAUCAAACCUCUUAUGCCCUCAAAACCAUUGAAUCAAAUGGGUAAGAGUAAGAAGUUUAGUGAGCCUGCUUUGGGUGUAAUGUUUAAUCACUUAAUUCCUUAAUGUAUUGGCGAUGAAAGUGCUAGAGCAAUAUCUUACAGGUGCAUCAGACAGACACAAAUCUACAGCUGGUUAAAAUCAGUGCUAAGAGAAGAAGUGGUAAUUAAGGUGGCGCAAACCUAUUUAUACAUGUGUUGGCUAUGAUUUUGAAUCAUGUUUCUCGGCGGAACAAUUUCACUGAUUUCUAUGAUUUUUGGCAUCCUAAGUAAAGAAUGAUCAUUGGUGGAACUUAAGGAAAAUGUUGCUUAUUUUCUUGUAGUUUAAGUUCUAAAAACUUUUAAGACAUUGGCGUACAUUAAAAACCCCGUUUUUACAAAAAAUGUAAAUAACUUCAAAACCCUACAGCCGAUUUUUCUCUAACUUCAGAAAAUAAGCCUCAAAGCCCUGUAGAUUUACACUGUAUAUCUGUAAGUUUGAAGAAGUCAAUUGUGACCAUACAACUUGCUGCACAAAAUUCUGGUCAAAUUAACCUUAAAUUGCUUCGCUAACAUAUUUCUGAAAGUUGACAUACAAAUGGAGGAAGAGUGUCGACUGAUUAUCCCCUAUCUGCAUCUUGGUAUUCUUGCCCAUUGCUUCAUUCAAAGUUUCUGCAAACUUCAAGUAUAUGAUGAAAUUAUAGCUGGAGUCAAAUGUCCAUUAAAAUACCACUAUGAAAUAUACACAUGCCUUUUAGAGUAAAUAUAUACCAGUCAUGUAUUGUCAUUGUUCAACACUAAAGUUGCAUGACUUUCUUGCUUUUUCAGUUAAACCAGGUCAUAGCAGGAUUCUUCUGUCCAAUGAGACAGAGCUCGUCAAGGUAGUGGAUACUAGGUCCUAUGUGCCAUCUCCAGGCAACGAGAAUGUUUCACCCGGUGUAAUGUCGCCAGGGGACAGUGAAGUGUUUUGUUCAUCUUCUGCUGUCAACGUUGACAAGCACAGAGAUACUCACACACCACGCAGACGGGUCAGAAGAAGGUAUCUACUGCAUGUACUUGUUAAUUAAAGAACAAAAUGAAAAAUGCCUGCUUGUGGAAACUCAGUUUGUUACAGCAAAUUGACUGGUAAGACUGGCUUGGAUGAUAACCUUAAGCCGAUGCACCAUUCACACCAAAGCUUAAACAUGUUUAAAAGCUGUUUAGCUAAAUGCAGUUGGGAUUUGACUUCUUCAUAUAACUUGUCUACUGUAAAAGCCUAUGCUUGUGUCUUCCUUUAAUGGUUUUCAUCAUAGUUUAAUCAAACAUGUUUAGGCGGGAAUGGGGCACUAGUCAAACUUACAACUUGGCAAGCAGGUAUUUUCAGUCAUGCUCUCUCUAACAAGCUCAACAAAUCCCAUAAUUUCAGAAUUAUAAUACUAGCUUGUGACAUCACACGUUUGUAUUUUGAAACUACAACCUCUGUUGCAAUAAUAUAGUGUUUUUUCACAUGAUGUCAUGGCAGCCAUGGUAGCGGCUAACAGUGGCCUUGUUGGUGUCCCAAAUCAGUCUUGUGGGAGUUGAACUCUUUUCUUAUGCAAAUGCUUUCUUUUGUUCCAAUAAAUUUGCAUAGAUGCUAGCCAUGUGGGUGAAAACACUCUAUAACACUAUUGUUUAAGCAUUCUGAAAAAUGCUUAUACUAAUAUAGGUUGCUUAUAAAUUGUCCUUCUAAAUUCAUUUUUCAGACACUCAUCUGGGGCAACCACUUGCUUCUCCUCAUCUCCAAGGACAAGAUAUCAAGGCAGCUCUAAGACUACUGUAAGUUUUAGGGUGCAGUUGGCACUGUUUCCAGGGGCAAUUUGAUACAAAGCAAUAUAAGUAUGAUAGCUCUUGUUUCAAAGUUAAGAGACCAUAAAGUGAGACACUUUAUAAGUUUUUCUCUGUCAAUUUUCUAGAUAUCAAAGGAGUUGGAUCAAGGAAAACAGGACAACCAACAGUGCCACAGUCCAACCAUUGUGGCUUCCUCUGAUUCACUGGACAUCAGUCAUAUUUCAGUUGCUGCCCGCCCUUUGGAGCACACACCUCCAGCUCGUGUGAAAUAUUCUGGAGCAGCUCUGUUAAAGCCUACCAAUGAUCUAACACCAUGUAAAUUCCAUCGAGCUACUCCGCCAGCUACCCUACACAACAUUGAGCUUAAAGAGGUCUUAUCUCAGAAAAUCUGAAUGUGAUCUUAAAAGGCUUAAACCCUUAGACAUCUUUAGCCAAGACUCAAACAAUGGAAAAGCACCUAUUUUAAAGAAUAAAGAGAACCAAAGGAAACUAAUAAUCAGUAGCCAAGCUUAUGUUUGAAUAAUCACGGCACAUUCACUUGUACAAUGAUGUAAAAGUUAAUGAACCAUACUACAGGAAAAUACUGCAUAGUAGCUUUCAUUUGAAUGGACACACGUUCAAGGGUCUCACCCACAGACCCAAAAGUUGGAACAUAAUAAUCAGUUCAACAGGAAAAAUCUGCUCCGCAGCUUUCAUAUGAAUGGUUACACUACAGGAUUUUUUUCCACAGACUCAAAAGUUAGAACCACCUUGUAAGUACAGCAUAAUAACUAGUACAACAGGAAAGAUCUGCUCUGCAGCUUUCAUUUGAAUGGUUACAAAAUGCAGGAUUUUUUUCAUUGAUUCAAGCAUUUACACACUGUAUAACCAACAUGGAAAGCAUCAUUGAUCAUAGAUGCAAUACAAAAGUACAUGUACCGCAUGAAUGUUUUGCUCAAUGACUUUCACUUAAACACAAGUAAUCACACCUUGUACAACAUGAUAGACAGUGAUUAGCCACAGGAAAGAACUGCACAACUCCGUUUUCAUUAGAACGGCCAAAAAUUAUUAUUGCUUAAUCUGACCAUAGUUUAUGUCUCUUAGAUUAGGAGGAGGUGUUUUGGGUACCUACAAUUUGCUACAAACUAAACACUUUUGAAAGUCCUAUUAAAACCUUGUAGACAUGAGGGCCUUGUUUUAAGUCCGUUAUGUUUGUAUGUUGAGUUCUAAAUAUAAUGAUUAAUGAUUAGACUUCACCUUAUUUCAGUCAAGUGCUGUAACAUCAUAAAUUUUAGGUGCUCAUGUCAGCAUUGAUUAGAGGAGUUUAAUUUCAAAACGGACACUUUUUUCAAGACACAUAUUAAAUUUUUUUGAGAACCAUAAUUCUACCCUACGAUAACAUGGUAAGCUAAGCAUUAUGAUAAUUUAUUUUCAUGAACAUAAGACAAUAUUAUUUGUUGUUAAAAUAAUAGAGAUCUGGCAGAUUUCAAAAGAUAUUGCUGUUCCAAUUUAGUUGCCCCUUGUAAUACAAUAAAUUUGAUGAAUAGUUAAAACCCUUAUGCAUUGGAGUGUCAAAAUUUAAUGUACUUAAAAAGAUCAAGUUUUUGAUGCUUUGUUUACUGGCAAGUUCACUGUAGUUCAAUAAUGG